GAGAGAGUGAAAUAAGUUUAGACAUAAGUAGGCUCAAGGAACCAGAGGAGAACAUUCAGGAUCUCUGAAGAAGGUUGGGAUCUGAACAAGAGUUAAGACAAACCAUGUGAGGGAUAUACAGUAUAUACCUCAGAUUUCAAUGGCAGUGGCAUAGUGCAAAAACAGAUGGCUGGGAAGUGCUUUCCACUCAGUGAUCUACUUCUGAACCUGAUUACCUUCAUACACAGGAGCUGUGGGAAAGACUGUGUGAUGGAAAAGUGAACUGGCAAUAGCUGAGAAAGUGGAUGAGCCAGUUUCUAGAUUUCCUAAAGGGAUACAAACAGCAGCACUGUUUCAGUGACCUAGUGCCUGAGGAACAGGACUACCAUGAUCUCCACAGCUCUCCGCUGGCUUGUCCUGGUGUCUUUUAUCGUCGUGACCAUUGGUGGGAACGUGCUGGUUUGUUUGGCCGUGGGGCUCAGCCGUCGACUGUGGCGCAUCGCUAAUUGCUUCGUGGUGUCACUGGCAGUGACAGAUUUCCUGCUAGGCCUUCUGGUGCUGCCCUUGUCUGCCACCGUGGAGCUGCGCAGCGGGAAAUGGCCCCUCGGUGGAACCCUGUGUAACAUCUACAUCUCACUGGAUGUCAUGCUGUGUACAUCCUCCAUCCUGACCCUGCUGGCUAUCAGCGUGGACCGAUACCUGGCCAUUUCAGCCCCCCUUAGUUACCCCCGGAGAGUUACCCCUCUGAGGGUGACACUGGCCAUGAUCGCCAUCUGGGCCUUGUCAUUGGCUGUGUCCUUUGUGCCCAUCCACCUGGGUUGGAACACAGUGGACUACAGAGUGCAGCACUUGGACUGGGGCAUAGGGGAUGAGGACAAAGAGGGACGCUACUGCCAGUUUGAAUGGAAUAACAACUAUAUUCUAAUUUAUGCCUUUGGCACAUUUUACCUGCCUCUGCUGCUUAUGUGUGGGAUGUAUCUUUGCAUAUUCAGAGUGGCACGAGAGCAGGUGCGGCGUAUUCGUGCUGCCACACCCUCAUUUGCUCGCCUAGCCACAACUACAGCUGUAGCCCGCGAGCACAAAGCCACAGCAACCCUGGCAGCUGUACUGGGGGCCUUUGUCAUCUGCUGGUUCCCCUACUUCACAUUCUUCACCUGUAUGGGCAUAAAGGAAAAGACAAACCCUCCUAACACACUUCACUCUGUGGUCCUGUGGCUGGGCUAUUUUAAUUCAGCCCUGAACCCCAUCCUGUAUCCAGCCUUCAACAGGGACUUCCGCAAGGCCUACGGAGAGCUGCUUCGCUGCGCAAGGCCAUCUUGCAGAAAACUACUGUUUACCCGUGCAUCUGUGCAUAAGAGAUUGACCUUUACUAAUGGACAAAGGGUUUCCCUGCAGUCUGGGAAACAAGUUAAGCAACAAACUGAGGGGAAGCGCCUUGCUCCACCUGAGAGAAAUGGUAUCCCUGAUGAGCCAAGGUGAAAUGCUGUGGAUGUACUGGACUGUGGACUUGCGGGAAAGCACUGUAAUUACAAACUUACUCCGGCACUCACAGUACCAGAUUAGCUAACCAUUUACAGUAUCAGUUAGAUGUUUAGUGUAUAGUGCCAAAGAUGACACAAUUUGUGUAAAACUCAAGGCACAACAUUGUGAAUGUUGCAUAACUUUUUUGUUAGUGUAUUGGCUAGAAAAAGCAAAAUAAAAAGUCCAUGUCCUUAAUUAA